AUGGCGGGUUCCGAUCCAAACAAGUUGAUGGCCAAAGCCGAUAAACUAACGAGGCUCAGUCUUACAAGGUGGAGUGCAGAUUGGAAAAGCGCUACCCUUCUGUAUGAACAAGCUGCUAAUGGGUUUAGGAUUGCCAAGGAUUAUGAGAAAGCAAAGGAAGCAUUGGAAAAAGCAUCAAAAGGACAAGAAUUGAUCUCUUCACCCUGGGAUGCUGCAAAGCAUAUGGAGUCAGCUGCUGCUUUAGCAAAGGAGUUGGGCAAAUGGAAUGAAGUUGCUGAUUUUUAUAGAAGGGCAUCUGAAUUGUACGUUGUGUGUGGGAGAUCACAACCUGCAUCAGAUGCUCUUGCGAAAGGGGCCCGAGCUCUGGAAGAUUCUGUUCCUGAUGAAGCUAUUCAACUUUACACUGAUGCUUGUGUUCUUCUUGAAGAUGAUGACAAGGAUCAAAUGGCCUUUGAUCUAUAUCGUGCUGCCACUAGUGUUUAUAUAAAACUUGAGAAGUACACAGAUGCUGCUGCUUUUCUGUUGAGAUGGGGCUUAGCUGCUGAUAAGUGCAAUGCUACCAAUAGCCAAUGCAAGGCAUAUCUUAGUGCAAUAAUUGUUUACCUCUAUGUUCAUGACAUCAAACAAGCAGAAAAAUGCUACAAUGAUUGCUCCCAGGUUGACACCUUUUCGAGAAGUGAUCAAUGCCGUUUUGCUAGUAAACUUUUUUCUGCUUACACAGAAGGUGACGUUGAAGAAAUUAAACGGCUUUCUCAGUCAAGCACGGUUAAUAAUCUUGAUCACAUGGUCAUCAGGCUCGCCAGGAAACUGCCCACAGGUGAUGUGAGUGCACUGAAGACCCAUGCUUCCGACGAGCAAGAACCACUGGACGAAGAUGACCUUACAUAG